AUUUACUCAAAUAUUCGUCUUUGUAUCGCUCUGUAUUUGUUGCGCAGUAAAGCGACACCCACGGAAGUGACCAAGAUGGGAAGAAUCGACGACGUAUUUUGGCAUGACGCAAUGUCCUAGCGCCUGGCAACACGCACGGAGUGAUUCAUUCUCAAGUUGAGAGAUGGCUUAGCUACUUUGUUAAUUCACUAAGAUAAACAUGACUCUAACUCGGUUAAAUGUUAACUCCUAUACUUUACGCUAGUUAUACAUUCGGUUUUAUUUUAUAAGCAUCCGACCAUGAAGUUGCUCCAUAAAGACAUUGAAAAAGAUAAUGCCGGUCAGGUGACUCUGAUGCCAGAGGAGGCAGAGGAUAUGUGGCACACCUACAACCUGCUGCAAGUGGGUGACAGCUUGAGAGCCUCCACUAUCAGGAAGGUGCAGACAGAGUCCACCACUGGAAGUGUGGGCAGCUCCAGAGUUCGGACUACUCUCACUUUAUGUGUGGAGACUAUCGACUUUGACUCCCAGGCCUGCCAGCUGAGAGUAAAGGGCACUAACAUUGAGGAGAACCAGUAUGUCAAGAUGGGAGCUUACCACACUAUUGAGCUCGAGCUCAACAGGAAGUUCACCCUAGCUAAAAAGAGCUGGGACAGCGUUGUGCUGGACAGAAUCGAGCAGGCCUGUGAUGCAACCCAGAAGGCAGACGUGGCGGCUGUGGUAAUGCAGGAGGGUCUGGCCAACCUGGUGCUGGUGACCCCCGCCAUGACUCUGCUCCGUGCAAAAGUGGAGCUCACCAUCCCUCGCAAGAGAAGGGGAAGCUGCACUCAGCACGAGAAGGCGCUGGAGAGGUUCUAUGAGGCCGUGAUGCAAGCGAUUCUCCGCCACAUCAAUUUUGAUGUGGUGAAGUGCGUCCUGGUUGCCAGUCCAGGGUUUGUGAGGGACCAGUUCAUCACCUACCUCUUCAAAGAGGCGGUGCGACAAGACAACAAGAUCCUGCUGGAGAAUCGACCCAAAUUCAUGCUGGUCCACUCGUCAUCAGGUCACAAGUACUCCCUCAAAGAAAUCCUUUCUGAUCCCGCUGUGACAAGUCGGCUUUCUGACACCAAGGCAGCAGGGGAGGUGAAAGCCCUGGAGGAUUUCUAUAAGAUGCUCCAACAUGAGCCUGACAGAGCCUUUUACGGACUGGCUCAUGUGGAGAGAGCUGCCGACGCCCUCGCCAUUGAUACCUUGUUGAUAAGCGAUAAGCUGUUCAGACAUCAGGAUAUCCCCACGAGGAGUCGUUACGUUCGGUUGGUGGACAACGUGAGAGACAAUGGCGGCAAUGUCAGAAUUUUCUCAAGCCUUCAUGUUUCUGGUGAACAACUGACUCAGCUGAGCGGAGUGGCUGCCAUCCUGCGGUUUCCCAUUGCCGACCUAUCAGAGGCUGAGGACGACAGCAGCUCAGACGAAGACUGAUCCACGGAAAUGGACUAGAAAAGAAGAGGUAGCUCGUCCAGUGUUGCGGAUAACACAAGAAUGCAUUGACUCAGAGCAUUGUAAAACAAUAAAAGCUGCUGUGUUAUGAGCUAAGUACUUGGCCCCUGCAAUAUCCACACCUCUUUCAAGUCUAAUCUGCACACCUGUUUUCUUAAAGUUGCCAUAUUUUCAAGUAAAUUGAUGCAGUUUUUGGUGCUGUGAUGCUUUUAGUUUGAAGUAGCAGGUUAAGAUAAUGCCUGAAAGGUCUAAGUUAAUAAGAAUGCCAAUGAAACAAACUGUUGCCAAAUCCAAAUGAAAGCAGUUAAAAUUUUACUGACAUUUAGCAAUGGAAAAAAAGUUUUAUUUUCUUCUAAGUGUACAUACAAUAUAUCUCUCUUGCAAUUAAACAGCAGAAGCAUUCAACCACUGUGUUAUUGCACUUUGUCACAAGAACUAUUCGCAACACGCAAGAAUGAAA